UCUGACGCUUUACUACUUAACCGCCUUAAUAAAUCCUUUACCUUCCCCACUACGCUCCUCGUCGUCGUCGUCGUCGUCGUCGAAUCGCGGUAAAUUGUAAAGAGAGCUUUUUUUAACUGCUCUUUAAUGGUCUCUUUGCUAUUGCUAUAAAUUUUGGGGUGGAUUUUUUGCCUUGAUUUUGAGGGAUUUGGGGAUCGAAACCACCGGGGUUUUGCAAUCAUUGCGGGAGAUUGCGGGCUUAUUGCUGUUCCCAAUUUUGAUUAUAUAAGCUUUAAUUUCCCAGUCUCAAGUGGGGGAGCCAAGUGGUUUAGCUCUAACUAGAGAGGGAGAGAGAGAGAGAGAGAGAGAGAGAGGGAAAUUUGAUGGAUUUAAGCUUGGUGCCGUACGGGGGGGAGAUGGGGAAGGGGAGAGGGGAGGUGGGGGCGGCGGCGGAGGGCGGCGGCGGCGGCGCGGGAGGAGGGAGGUAUAGGGAGUGUAUGAGGAACCACGCGGCGGCGAUCGGGGGCCAAGCGUACGACGGGUGCGGCGAGUUCAUGCCGGGGGGAGCGGAGGGGAGCCUCGAGGCGCUCAAGUGCGCGGCGUGCGGCUGCCACCGCAACUUCCACCGCCGCAAUGGCGGGGCGGACGCGCGCCGCGCGCAGAUCGCCUACGGCUGGGACCAGCGCAAGCCGAUUCGCGGCCGCGCGCCGCCCUUCCCGCGUUCCUCGCCCCUGGCCCCGCUCCCCGCUCCCUACCACGCCAUCGCGCCCCCGCGCCGCCCGCCGCUCGCCACCCAGCACCAGCACACCACCAGCACCAGCACUCCGCGGCGUACAAACGCCGGGGACCGGCAGCGCGGACGGGUCGAUGAUCCGCCGCCGCGGCGCGAGAGGAGCGGUCGGGGCGGGGACCGCGCGUCGCGCGAAGGCGCUUCCGCACCAAGUUCAACCGCAGGACAGAAGAGAAGAUGCAGCGCGUUCGCGGAGAAGCGUGGGGUGGCGAUCAAGAAGCACGACGUCCGUGGCGCUUCCAGCAGUUCGACCUCGAGGAUUCGCGUCGACACGCCUCCUUCCACAGGCUUAGAUCCUAGAUUAGAUCUUAGUGUAGAUGAUGAUGAUGAGGUGAGGCUCUGA